GCAGCAGUAGAUUGCAGAGUCAUGUGUUUUAGUUUUAACUUAGUCUGACUGCCUUGUCUCUUGUCUUCUGCUCGAACAAUGCGUUGGUUCCUCGCAGCGGUUCUUCUGUGGACUGUCAUGGCUGCAGAGGGGAAAGCAGUCCCUUCCCCUCCAAACUUUGGAGACAGCUAUCAUGUCAAAGGAGUGAUCUCUCUGCCCUAUGCUGAGAUCAAGGAGCCAUUUGAGGCCUGGUUUGAUCUAGCAGCAAAGUCCAGCCGAAUAGACUACUACCAUGGCCAGGUGUCCACCUUCCAGCUGGGGAUGGAGCAGCAGUGGGGCGUUGCCUAUAAAAUCACUCCUGAGACCACAGAGAAGGAGCUGAAUGUGAUGAAGUGUUUCCAGGCCAAUGGAACAAAGGAUGAAGCGGUCACAGCACAGGCGUCGCUGCCUGAUGUGCAGGGCUUCCAGUUCCUGAGGAUGGAGUACUAUGGAGGUUCCCUGUGUGAAGUCUGGCAAAAUGUGACCACUGUGGGCUACAAGAAGAACACGUACACACUGUGGGUGACCCACUCAGAGAGAGGUGUUGAUGCCAAGGACGAGCCUGCCACACCCCUCCACUAUGAGAUGAUGGGAUACAACACGCUGCUGGGCUCACAUUAUGACAAAUACUUGGUGGACUACAAAGAGUUCAGCACUCAUGUGGAUCCUAAAGUCUUCUUGCUGCCUGAAGGGAUGAGCUGUGGGGGGUUUCCUGGUCCAGGAGUAGAGCACCACAUGCUGGCCAAUCCAAUGAAAGAUCUCAUCCACACCUCAGCAUCAGGCCACUCACAGAGCAUAUUUGAGCAUUUCAAGAAAAAGUUCCAGCGUCAGUACAGCGAUGAAAGAGAGCAUGAGAAAAGGCAGCAUUCUUUUGUUCAUAACCUCCGGUACAUUCACUCCAAGAACAGAGCAGGGCUGUCCUUCUCGCUUGCCCUCAACUCUCUGUCAGAUCGCACCAUGUCGGAGCUGGCUGUCAUGAGGGGAAGGAAAAGAGGAAAGACCCCAAACAAAGGGCUCCCCUUCCCCGCAGAGAUUUAUGAAGGAGUACAAGUGCCUGAGUCACUUGACUGGAGGCUUUACGGUGCUGUGACCCCAGUGAAGGACCAGGCCAUCUGCGGCUCCUGCUGGAGCUUUGCCACCACAGGAGCAGUAGAGGGCGCUCUCUUUCUAAAGACGGGCUCCCUGCAGGUCCUGUCUCAGCAGAUGCUGGUGGACUGUUCCUGGGGUUUCGGCAAUAACGGCUGUGACGGAGGGGAGGAGUGGAGAGCAUACGAGUGGAUCAUGAAACACAGAGGCAUCGCCACAACAGAAACUUACGGAGCCUAUAUGGGAAUGAAUGGAUUUUGCCAUGUGAACGCCUCCCAGCUCACUGCACAGAUCCAGAGCUACACCAACGUGACAUCAGGAAACGCAGAGGCCCUCAAGAUGGCGCUCUUUAAAAACGGCCCUGCAGCAGUCAGUAUCGACGCCUCACAUCGUUCAUUUGUUUUCUACAGCCAUGGGGUCUAUUAUGAACCGGCCUGUGGUAACACCACAGAUGAUUUGGACCACGCUGUGCUCGCAGUGGGUUACGGCACCCUGAACGGGGAACCGUACUGGCUGAUAAAGAACUCCUGGUCCACAUACUGGGGCAAUGACGGCUACAUCCUCAUGUCUAUGAAGGAUAACAACUGUGGCGUCACCACCGAUGCCACAUAUGUCACUCUGGCAUAGCUUUGCCCGUUUCCUCUAUGUGUAACUAUGUUAGUGCCACUAUGUGAGUGCCUGAGGGUGAGUGACACCUAAUGCUGGAUGUGUUGAGGUGAGCUGAGCUGCUUGGUGAUAAUAACACAUUAACUGUGAAUUAAGAUGCUGCACAACUCACACACAGAGCAAAGCCACUUUUUCCAAACGUGGUUUUGACAAGUUUAUUGCCGGCGGCACAAAGCUGCAAUGCCUUCAUUUCAGUUGUACAAAGAUCAUUUUGUGACUUUUUUUUCACUUGUUCUUACACUUUUUAAUUUGUUGCAUUCAAAUCAAAAAUAAAAAAUGGUGAAGUUUUCUAUUUGCUGGCUUCAGUGACAUCGCUGGUUGAUGUAACAUACUGACAUGCUUUCAGAAGUCAUGCAAAGGAAUAAUGCGUUAGAUUUUAUGCAUUGAAAUCAUACUGGCCUCAAAUAUCUUUGCUUUAAAAAUAACAUCUUUUGCCUAAAUAACAUUGUAUGACCUGAGUGUAUGAUCCAUGCCUUGAGUUUUUUUUAUGUAUUACACAUCAAUGUACACAAUAACAGCCCUUAAAUGGGAAAAAUGCACAGAUUCAAGUCAUAGCAAGUCAGUUUACAUAUAUAGUAAGUAUAAUAAAGAAAUGAUACACAA